AUGGGUCUCGCCUUUUCUAAGAUUUUCGACAAGCUGUGGGGGAAGAAGGAGAUGAGAAUUCUCAUGGUCGGUCUCGAUGCCGCCGGUAAAACCACCAUUCUGUACAAGCUGAAGCUUGGUGAAAUCGUCACCACCAUCCCUACUAUUGGCUUCAACGUCGAGACUGUUGAGUACAAGAACAUCCAGUUCACCGUGUGGGAUGUCGGUGGUCAGGACAAGAUCCGUCCCCUGUGGAGACACUACUUCCAGAACACCCAGGGUAUCAUCUUCGUUGUCGACAGCAACGACCGAGAUCGUAUCGUCGAGGCCCGAGAGGAACUUCAGCGCAUGCUGAACGAGGAUGAGCUGCGAGAUGCCAUCCUGCUGGUCUUUGCCAACAAGCAGGAUCUGCCCAACGCCAUGAACGCUGCCGAGAUCACUGACAAGCUCGGUCUCCACAGCCUGAGGCAACGAGCCUGGUACAUCCAGUCCACUUGUGCCACAUCCGGAGAUGGUCUGUACGAGGGUCUCGAAUGGCUCGCCACCACUCUCCGAAAGGCUGGUCACCAGUAA